CUGCGGCGGGCAGCGGGCGACAGGCGGCGGGCGCCGCGCGGCGCGAGGAUGGGCCGGUCGCGGAGCCGGAGCUCGUCCCGCUCUAAGCACACCAAGAGCUCCAAGCACAACAAGAAGCGCAGCCGCUCGCGCUCGCGCUCGCGGGACAAGGAGCGGGUGCGGAAGCGCUCCAAGUCCCGGGAGAGCAAACGGAACCGGCGGCGGGAGCGCGCCUCGUCCCCGCCCGACCGCAUCGACAUCUUCGGGCGCACGGUGAGCAAGCGCAGCAGCCUGGACGAGAAGCAGAAACGGGAGGAGGAGGAGAAGAAGGCGGAGUUCGAGCGACAGCGAAAAAUUCGGCAGCAGGAAAUAGAAGAAAAACUCAUUGAGGAAGAAACAGCACGAAGAGUGGAAGAAUUGGUAGCAAAAAGGGUGGAAGAAGAAUUGGAGAAAAGGAAGGAUGAAAUUGAGCGAGAAGUUCUCCGAAGGGUUGAAGAAGCCAAACGCAUCAUGGAAAAGCAGUUGCUCGAAGAACUCGAGCGACAGAGACAAGCUGAGCUUGCAGCACAAAAAGCUAGAGAGGAGGAAGAGAGAGCAAAGCGUGAGGAACUGGAGCGGAUAUUAGAAGAAAAUAACCGGAAAAUCGCAGAAGCACAGGCCAAGCUGGCUGAAGAACAGUUGAGAAUUGUUGAAGAACAAAGAAAGAUUCAUGAGGAAAGGAUGAAACUAGAACAAGAACGACAGCGUCAACAAAAAGAAGAACAAAAAAUUAUCCUGGGCAAGGGGAAGUCCAGGCCAAAACUGUCCUUCUCACUAAAAACCCAGGAUUGAAUGGCAAACUCUGAACUUUUUGCAAAGAAAAAUGAAAAAACUUCGUAUUGUAGCUUCAUGUUGAAGUGGUUUUUUUUGUUUUUUGUUUUCUUUUCUUUUUUUUAAUUUGGAAAAUCUGGAAAGUUAGCUUGUUCUAAUAGGGGCUAUGCUCUGCAAUCCCUUUAUUUUUCCCUCUUUUCCUCCAUUAAGUCAAGUCCUUAUCAGAUCAUUGCUGUCUUCUAGAAGUGGUGUAUUUUGCACCUGUUGAGAUUCUGUACUGGUUGGGUCUGCUGAAAAGCGGGUCACUUGGUGACUAGCUGGUCUGGUAAGGUGUUCACUGACCACUGACUUCGGAGUUAUACUCUGUUUACUAUGUCAUAAUGCUGGUUUUGCUGACUUUUUGUUUUUUUAUGCAUUUAUAAAAAAAGAAAAAGUUGGUAAUUGCAUUGCAAAAUUCCCAGGGUUUUACUGGACCUGUGGUGUGUUGUUAGAGCAGUGUCCUUGUGAUGCUGUGGCUCUUGAAGUUCCUGACAACAGGUAAGGAAACAGUUGGUCACCUGCUACAGAAAUAAGUUGCAGUGCAGUGUUGUCUCUGUCGGACUUUGUUUCUUUCAUUGACAAAAUCAAACCAGCAUUCCCCACUGUAAAUAAAUGAUUUUGCUGAAUAAAGUAAAGUCUUAAAUUCAUAUGUUUAAGCAAUUUUUUUUUUUUAAGUUCUGUUAAGUCUGAAGGGUGGUUUACUUUUAGAAGCCUUAGAGCUGUACUAUAUUUCCUCCGGUUUAUACCUUUCACAGGGUUUCUAUGUACACCACAUAUACUUGUGAAUUAGUACUUUCUGGCUAUUUUUACAGACACUACUUUAUGCUGAUAAAGAAUUAUAACAUCAAGUAUUAUCUUUCGAAAACACUAAACCUGUGCCUCUGUUAUAGAAAUUAAACAAAUUAUGCUUAAUAAACACAAAAGGUAUGUUUUAAAACUACAGAAUAUUGUUACUUUUAGUGAGGGUGGACUGUCAGCUAGAACCUGGCUUUCUAUGUUCAAAAUGACUAAAAUAGUCUUAACCCUAGCAUGUUGGCAGGGGUUGGGGUGGGGGUGAUAAAACCAUUUAAAUUCACUAAUGGGGUGGAGCUUGGGCUUUGAGUAUUUUUGCACUUGGAAACUUACAUAUAACCCAGUAGAAUGUGUCUCAUUUCAUCUUUUAUUAGUUGAAGUUGGCUAGCAUUAAAACACUCAAGGAAAGGCUAUCUGAGGUGUGUAGGCAUGGCAUAGUGGAGAAAAGGAUCCUGGAGACAUCAUUCUUUUCACUGAAAAUGCUGCUUGGGAUGAAUAAUUGGUGAUUAUUUUGUGUUUGCAUGCUUUGGAAACUGCUGUUGCUUUAGUUUCAACUCUUCACUGUGGUAAAGAAGAGUGAAAUCAUUUUAAUAUCUUUAAAGAUAAAAUUUUAAGUAGGCAUGAGGUAUAUAGUGUGAAGGUCUUAGUGAACAGGAUACCUUAGUACUCUUAACCACACGUCUGCUUCAUUUAUCUGAAUAGAUUAUAAAACUAAGUCUCUUAACAUAGCUUAGCUCAAUUCAGAGUCAUUGUUGCUCUCAGUCGCAUCUUCAAGUUUUGGACAUGUUAUUUAAAAGCUGCUUUUGCUCUGCUAGUGUUUGUUCUAAGCACUAUCUGAAGAGUAGCCUGGGCUCCAGAUACUGAGAUCAGCCUUUUCGUGCCUUUACCCUGUCACUCAGUUUUUUUCUGCCACAUGUGACAAGAAAUCACAGUUGCUAAGUGAUGGAGUGUCUGCUGUUGGAGACUCUGAGAUAUACUAGGUUGUUCCUGUGCUUAGUAACUGAUUACUGUUGUGUGCCAGGCUAUAGGAAAGAGGAUGUCAUUGUCAAUAAAAUGCACCCAGCUUUUACAGUGCUACAACAAUGUAGUAGUUUGUGUCUUCAUUUGUUCCAUUGCUUUUGUAUACAUACUAUAAAAGCUAAUCUUUCCCGCUCUCAGCAGUUCAGAUGUUCCCUAACUUACUAAAUAUAAAUAUGCUUUUACUUCAGUUUUGUUUUCUUGAGUUACUUGAAAUUCCUGAUGCAUUAUAGAAUUAUUGACUGUUUAUUUUUAUUAUAGUAUUUAAAAUUUGUAGUUCAUUGCCAUUAAUAUUGUGGAGUUUGCAGAAAUCUCAACGGUAUAAACUAAACCUUUAAAUUA